ACUUUGGUCUGUAUGCUGUGUUAGUGUGUGUGUGUGUCCCCUCACACAAAUACGAAUUCAGUAUCACUUUUCGUCUCUCGUAUCGUGUAUAUUCGAGUGAGUCGACACAAUCAUGCGCAAACAAAAAUUUCUAUAAAACAUUGCAUUGCAAAUGGCGUAUUAAACAAGAGGCUCUUCGUUGCUGUCUCCAUUAAAAUAAAUCGUGUAUUUUGAUAAACAAUACGUAUUUAUCAAUAAUUUUAUGUGCAAUUGUUUUCGAUUACGAGCAUUUCAACCGAGGUAUAUGGAAAUAUUUGUGAUUGAUUGAUUUAAAAUGGUGUUUGAAUGGGGGGGAAAAAUACGAUUUCGUUGGAAUACGGCAAAACCAAUAAAUUUCCAAUGGAAAAAAAUGCAAAAUUUUAACAAAUUUUUUUUUCGGAACGAAAACGAGCUGGAAAAAAAUUCUCUGCAAAAAAAAAACCAUAUCGAAAAUAAAAAUUAUUGAAUUUUCAGACAAAAAAAAAGCGAUUUUUGUUUUUUAUAGAAACGGAAUGAUUUGGCUUUGGAAAACUACCCAAAAUUAAUGGCAUAAAAAAGUUUCCCGAUUUUUUUCUGUUGUUGAAUGAGUAGUGUAGUGUUUCGCGCGUAAUUUCUUUCGCGUUCGUAUCGGUUGGACGACGAACAAGCGAAUAAUGCGUUCUAUCAUCUCAACGACUCUGUGGCUCAAGCAAAACUAAACUGAACUCAACUGAACGCUACUCGCGUUUUCGGUAUCGAAACAGAGAAGAAAAAAAAGCAACAAACACUUCUCAUAUAUAUAGUGUAGAGUGAACAAGCUAAACACAUUCAAUGUGCGAUAGAAAGAGAGUGCGAAAUUGAGAGGGUUUGUGUUUGUUGCGUACCGACGACCUCCACAUUUUUAAAUAUAAAAUUUACAAUCGUCGUUGAUAAAAAAAAAAAGAAAACAACAACCAAAACAAAACAAAAGUUCAUGCUUCUGAAUGGGCAUCGGAAUUUCGGUGCGAUUCUUCGAUUUUUCUUGACGUGUUCAAUCAAUAAAUUCGAGCAGGGAGAGAAAGAGAGAGAGAGAGAGAGAGAGGGAGAGAGAAAGAUUGUGAUAUAUUUUCCUGUGGUGUUCCGUUUGGCAAUAAUGAAUGAGAGAGAUAUGAAUCGUGCAUAUUGCAAGAGUGCUCGCGUAUUUCAGCUAAUUAUUGAGCAAUCAUCGUCUGAUGAUAACGAAUAUUGAGCCGCAAUUUUUGCGUUUAUUCGAUUUUCACCGUACUAUUUAUUUGAAAAAAUUCAUAUCGGCGCGACAAUGUACUCGCCGAUUAUUGCUAUGAUAAAAACGCAAAACGUCGCCCCAAAUAAAUAUUGCAUAGAAUUUUCGAUUGAUGAUUUGGCGCCAUUUUUUUUGCCAGUCAAACAAAUACCAACUCAUUAUUUAUUUUCAUCGAUCAAAAAGUGAAGAAUUUGCAUGGCUGAACAUUGUGUGGCAUCAUGAAUGACAUUGGCGGAAGUAAUAAUAUAGCUGUGCCUGGAACAUCAGCAUGGGAUCAAUUGACCACACCAGCAUAUUCACAGAAUAACAACGAUGCAAAUGCAUCGGUCACACCGACGACACCAACAAAGACAACGCCAAAUGAGCCGGCACCAAUAUUUAGUGGUAACGAAGAAUUGCAUCCGGAUUUGGUGUUGCAGGGAUGGCGCAAGUGUUGGUCAAAACGAGAAAAUCGCCAUUAUUUCUGGAACAAAUCAUCGGGUGAAUCGUUGUGGGAGAUGCCAAGACAUUUUGAUCCAUUGACUGAUCCGCUUGGCAUUUGCUCGGGUGGUACACCCCAAACGCCAUCACCGCAUAAUGCUGCGCUAAAGCGACGGCCGUCAGAAGAAACACAAGGGCCUCCAAUGAAACGUUUCAUUUUGGCUGGUCCAUGGGAUUUGGAGGUUUGCUCGAACGUGAUCAUUGUCGAACGACCGCCCACACUCUUCCCACAUCCGUACCCAGAGGUCGAAGCGAUGCGUGCAGCGUACACAAUUCGGCUGAUCAAAACGUACGAGGAUUUAUGCAGUCGCAGGGAAAAUAUUAAAGCACCACGGGAAUCGUUUAUGCGCUGGCUAAUGGAACGAAAGGUGAUCGAUCGUGGCUUUGAUCCAUUGCUACCGAGUCAUUGUCAUCCGGAAAUCUCGCCAUCGAUGUACCGGGAAAUCAUGAAUGACAUCCCAUUGAAAAUUGUUAAGCCCAAAUUCACGGGCGAUGCACGCAAACAGCUAUCGAAGUAUGCAGAAGCUGCAAAGAAUCUGAUUGAGAUUCGAUCGGCACCGGCUGAGAGCAAGAAAGUGGUCAAAUGGAAUGCUGAAGAAACGUUUCAGUGGCUUCGACGUACGGUUGGUGCUAGCUACGAAGAUUUCCAAGACAGACUUGCCCAUCUCAAGCGACAAUGUGAACCACAUCUCGUGGCAACGGUCAAAGGCAGCGUGGAACAGUUGUGCUCGAAGAUCUAUCAUUUAUCGGCCGAACAUGCGCGAAAGAUCCGCGAACGACACAUGCAACUGUUGAAAGAGAAUGGAAUUCCACCACCGCAGCCACCGCCAGCGCCACCAAUUCUUCGCAAAGUUUGGUGCUAUCCCAUACAGUUUGUGAUACCUCCGCUUAGAAUGCCUGUUAUUGAAUACAUUCACGAACGUGACCAUAUGGUCAUUAAAUAUUCACAUGCUUCCAUGCCUCAACCUGACACACAGUACAUUAAUUUGACGCACCUUCAAAAAUUAGAGCAAUUGUACAGGUACAACUGUUAUGAUGAUAAGAAAUUUGAUCUCUUCAUCGGACGAGUUUGGUGCCUGCUGAGGCGGUAUCAAACAUUCCUCGGCAACAUCACCGGUUCGACAACCGAAGCUGAACUCACCCAAUCAGCGCUUCCUGUCAGCGUGUUCGAGUGUCUGCACCGUCACUUUGGCGUCUCAUUCGAAUGCUUUGCCAGCCCAUUGAAUAGUUACUUUAGACAAUAUUGCUCAGCAUUUAGUGAUACCGAUUCAUACUUUGGCUCGAGAGGGCCAUUUUUAGAAUUCAAACCGCUCUCUGGAUCCUUCCAAGCGAAUCCACCAAUGUGCGAGGAAAUCAUUGAUGCCACAUUGCAACACAUAGAACGACUGCUGGCUGACUCACAAGAACCUCUGAGUUUCAUCGUGUUUCUUCCGGAGAUGAAAGAAUCCAAUUUGCCAUUUAUGUCACGAGUCGAAGAGAGUCACUUCAAGCGAAAAUUAGUCGUUGUGCCCGGCAUGGUGCACGAGUACCGUCAUGGAUAUCAGCAUGUCUUACCAAAAAGUGAAAUUUACAUGAAAAAUAUUCACGGCACAAUGGUGGUGUGGCUGCAGAAUAAUGAGGGAUUUUCGCGAUGGGGCCCAACGGAGAGUCGUGUCGAAGCCUUAUUGGAAGCAUUUCGACCAGUUCGAGACAAAGAACGUGAUAAAGCGCAACAGGAUGCGGCAAACGCAACCAUUCUAAAUCCAGCCACCGAACCAACGGGGCGAAGUAGUAGUAGCACCACUGACUGACCAACAAAUACUUUUAAGCCACCGCCAAGCACUUCCUCAGCACCACCACCAACAAUAACCAACACCACCACCGCCACCACAAUUGCAACAACCUUAACAAUAACGUCAGUGGCAUCAGCUGCAGCAGCCCCCGCAGCCGUCGCAACGACAACAGCAACAUUAACCACAACAACAACAACAACAACAAACGAACCGAAAUCAUCGUCGGUUCAACAAUGAUCAAUGCAACAUCUCAAUCAGCCUAAAACGAUUAAAACAAUUUUACUUAUUAAGAAUUUCUAUGUUUGGACAGAAGAGAAUUGUAGAAUAUAACAAAGAAAAAUUGUAAAUUUUAGCAACGCCCGGUGCAUCGACAAACAAAAAAGCAAAAACACACACACAAAUGAAGAAGAUGAUGAAGAUGAAGAAGAAACUAUUGUUGACUAACGUUACUUUCAAAUCAUCCAAAAGUUUAUCGCUAUUAUCGAAAUCUUUUUUCUCUGUAAGAUAUUGUAUUUGAACAAUUUCAUUUUCGCAUAGCUGAAUUUUCAUUUCUAAGGACGAAAUUAAAGAAAAAUAAAAUACAAAAAAUUUAAAAGAAAAAUUGUAAAUUCAAAUAAAUUAUGUCAAAUAGUCAAUGUUAAUUUGACAACGCA